UCGCAUUCUCUUCUCGCGGUAACACCAGAGAUCGGUGAGAAUGCAGCUAGCUCGUUAGCUGAUUCCAUCGUUUCCAGGUUUCGUGUCAACCUGAAAACAUCAGACCAAGAGAGACACAGACAGCAAAUUGAAAACGUAACGCUUUUAACACCCAGGCUGCAAGGAGAGGUGGGACAAUGCCGCACAACUUCCAGGCCGGAGACCUGGUCUUCGCUAAAAUGAAGGGAUACCCCCACUGGCCAGCUAGGAUCGAAGAUGUGGCUGAUGGUGCUGUGAAACCACCCCCCAAUAAAAUCCCUAUUUUCUUCUUUGGGACACAUGAAACAGCAUUCCUUGCAGCGAAAGACCUAUUCCCAUAUGAAAAAUACAGCGAUCGCUACGGCAAGCCCAACAAAAGGAAGGGAUUCAAUGAAGGUUUAUGGGAGAUCCAGAACAACCCACAUGCCUCUUAUAGUGCCCCGCCUGCUCAGGCUAGCUCAUCGGACAGUGAGGGUAACGAAGCAGCAGGAGGAAGUGAGGAGGAAGAUGAGGAUGAAGAGGCCCCGAUACCCCAAAAGGCGGAGUCCAGCAGUGAUGAGGAGUCAGAAUCUGGGAGUGACGACAGAGGGAGGGGAGGCGGGACAAAGCGAAAGCCGCCGGCUCCUAAGCGGCCACCUCCUCCAAAAAAGCCGCGAGGAUCGUCCAGUGAUCGAGCCGAAGAGGAGAGUGGAUCCCCCUCCGAGUCAGAUCCGACAGCUUCAGAGUCCGACUCUGGCAAAAACAGUGACAAGGAUUUUACUCCAGAGAAAAAAUCUGUAGGACGAGGAGGAAAGAAAGCAGGAGGCAGAGGGAAGAAAAAGAAAGGUUCUUCUGACUCAGAUUCAGAAUCAGGAUCAGGGUCAGAGAAGAAAGUAGCAGACAGCGAUUCUGAGGAUGAGAAACCUCGGCCGGCGCUGUCCGGCUCAGAGUCCCAGUCCGGCUCAAAAUCCGAGUCCGAGUCUGAUCCACCUCCCCGUAAAGGACCACAGCCUCGCAAGAAAGAGAAGGCAGCUCCAAAGCCUCGAGCAAGAAAACCCAAACCUGCCCCAGUCAAACGAGCGCCGUCGUCAUCGUCCAGCAGUGACAGUGACAGUGAACCCGACCGCAUCAGUGAAUGGAAAAAACGAGAUGAGGAGCGCCGACGGGAGCUUGAGGAGCGGCGGAAAAAGGAGGAGGCAGAGGAGCUUCGCCGGCUGCGUGAGCGAGAGAAGGAGGAAGAGGAAAAAAAGAAAAAAGAGAAGGAUAAGGGCAAAAAAGGGAGCGAGAGCGACAGCAGUAGCAGCUCUGACGAAGGUGUAGACGAUCACCCACUGAAGAAGUCCAAGAAACCCCCUCCGCCUCCAAUCCCUGCACCCUCAGACUCUGAUUCUCCUCCUCCGAUGGAGGUGAAAAAGCCGCCAAAGAAGGUAGACAAACAGAAGACCAGAAUAAAGAAAGAAAAGGAAAGAAAAGAAAGAAAAGAGAAGGAGCUAAAAGAGAAGAAAGCCAGACGAGCAGAGGAGAAGUCCAGAGCAAGAUCUAAGCCUGAAAAACCAAGACGCAAACCGGAGAGACCUCCAGAGAAGAAGGUGGAAAAGAAAAAAGAGCCAUCACCAGAGGAAAGGCUACAGAAGCUCCAUACAGAUAUAAAAUUUGCACUUAAAGUGGACAACCCAGACAUUGACCGUUGUCUAAAAGCACUUGAAGAGCUUGAAAGUAUCCCAGUCACCAGCCAGAUUCUCCAUAAAAACGCUGAAGUCAUUGCCACACUAAAAAAGAUUCGGCGUUAUAAAGCUAGCGCUGCAGUCAUGGAGAAGGCCAGCGAAGUCUACAACAAGCUAAAACUUCGCUUCGUGGGAAAACCAGAGCUGGCAGCUAAACCGAAGAUGGAGAACAAAGAAACUGACGAUAGUGAAAAGCAGUCACAAAACACUGAAUCGACACCAGUGAAUGGCGAAUCGGAGCAGAAAAAAGGUGAAGCAGAGGAAGUAGAAAACCCUAAAACGCCCAUGAGGGAGGAGAAUGAUGAUGGUCCAGGUUCAAGUCCAAACAGGCCCAGCUCAGACAGCCCAGCUCAACUACAAACGCCCACAUACGAGGAAGCGGACGGCUCUGUCUCAGCAGAGCCAGAACCGGCAGCUGUAGAAACUUAAAAGACUCUCUACAACCCCCUGCAGCGGACCAAGUGCUAAAAGAUGGUGGCCUCUGACGAUCAGACACCGCUACUGGCUCAGCAGCAGCGCAGCACGCACCUAGCAUUUCCUCCAGCACCUGUUACAAAGAUAUUUGAUGCUUUGGACUUUUUUGUGGUACACUUAUCGAAGUAAAGAAAAAAAACCAUCCACUCAAGCCGUUCGGUCCAUUGUUUCUCAUUGCUAAAUUAACCGUUUCUUUUAACUGUUUUACCUCUCAUUUUGUUUAAUGUUUUGCUGAAACUCCAGCUCCUGUUUCAUCAUGCGUCUACCAACGUCACACUUUCAAACUGCCUACGGAUCUUAGACAAAAUCAUUUUUGUUUUUAGGUUCUUGUAAAGAGAAUGAAUUGAAGAGCACAUAUUUUUAAAGCGAGACCGGGAAGACUGCGAGAGAAAUGGGUCAUCUCUUUCUCUUAAGAUUUUUCUUUACACUUUUACAUAUUUCCGCUUCGUUUUAUAAAGCCUGCUAAACAUCACCAAGGCCUCUUGUCUAUGUGUGCGUGGCGUUGCCUGAGUGGUACAGUACUGUUUGUGAGUCCUUUAUGUUAAGUAUUUAAGUAUCUGGUCAAAAUCCAGUCAAUAAAGCCUGACAACGUAAAGAGCCACUAAAAAGCUGUUUUCUAACUGAGGUCCACCUCCUUUUUAUUGCCUUUUUUUCUCAUAGGAUCACAGUUUUGUCUUUAAAAAUGAUUACUGUGUCAUUAAGCACCAUGUAAUCUCCUCCUUAGGGUCUGCUUUCAGUGGAUCAAGAUGAAUUGGGAAGAAACUCGAAAGCCAUGGAGAUCUCAUGUAGCUGCAGCCUUUUUUUGACAUUUUUUUUUUCUAUGUGCAUACAUGUGUUUUUAGUGCUAUGUAAAUUGUUAAAGCAUUUCUAUAACGUAGUUGAGACUUGAAUAAAAAUCUCAGCAUGA